AAGUGUCGACGCAGUGUCCGAAGCGCUGCCAGCCAGGAAUAGGUGGUGGCUAAUAAUGCUCUGAUACACAUUGAUUCCGUGGAUGCUCAGCAACUAAAGUUCAUGGGUGUGGAUUUGACCCUGAUCAAAUGUCCUCCUAUCCUGUGAACAACUGAUUAUGGCAUCCAUCUUCGCCGACUUCAACAAAGGCCAGACGAUCGGGUCGGGCCCUCUCCUGGCAGCUUCUCUCACUCCCAUCUCGCCUCCAGACUACCCCGACCGACUACGUUCCUUCUACUAUGCCUCUGAUGCUUCCAGCGUCCCAUCGGAUAUCCGGUACUCACUUUUCCAGGCGCGUAACUUGAAAUUGCCGAAGCAGGAGCAGAAUACUUGGGUUGAUAUAUUUUCCGCUUUCUGGAAAGCCGCGGGAGAGAUCCUCAAGGUCGAUAGUUCACCACAGCGUGGCAGUUGGGAUGCAACAUUCGAAGCGUGGAAAGACGUUGCAAAUACCCUUAUUCGGGGUUAUUCCACUGGUUCACUUCAGGCGUGGACGCUACCGUGUCUGUAUGUUGUCGGGAAGUAUUUGAGAAUAUUCGCGACCAAAGCAGACACGGAGCUUGCUACUCAGGGCUCAGCCUCCUUCGGUAACCGCUUCCAGGAUUAUUUGGUUGCGGAUUCGGACAACCCUAAACAAGAGGAGGCUGCUCGAAUCAUUAACCGGAUGUUUACUUUAUGUCUCAAUGACAGGGCACCGAUUGAGGAGUCACGAAAAUGGGGCCUUUACAACACGACGAAUCUUCUAUUCAAAACAUAUUUCAAGAUCAAUGCUGUUGGUCUCUCAAAAAAUGUUCUUCGCGCCCUCGAUGCUUCUUCGGCAGACCUUCCAGAUUUGGACGUUUUUCCCAAGUCGCACAUAGUCACCUUCCAAUACUAUGUUGGGGUUAUUUAUUUCUUAGACGAGAAUUAUGCAGAGGCGGAAGAGCACCUAGCGUAUGCGUGGAAUAUGUGUCAUAAGAACGCCUUGAAAAACAAAGAGUUGAUUCUGACUUAUCUCAUUCCGUGCCAUCUUGUCAUGACGCAUACCUUACCCAGCAGAGAGCUUCUUGCUCCGUUUCCCAAGUUGGAGCGACUAUUCCGCCCCCUGUGUAAUUGCAUUAGACAAGGGGACCUUGUUGGUUUCGAUGCAGCCAUGUCAGCCGGUGAGGAUGAAUUCGUCAAGAGACGGAUUUAUCUGCCACUUGAACGAGGACGCGAUAUUGCCUUGCGCAAUCUCUUCCGAAAAGUCUUCAUAGCGGGCGGAUUUGAAGAACCCAAAGAUGGCCAGCCUGCAAUCCGACGGACACGUGUUCCCGUCGCCGAGUUUGCAGCAGCUCUUAGAAUAGGCAACCAGGCCGAUGAUAGAUCUCGAAUCGACGUUGAUGAGGUCGAGUGCUUACUCUCCAACCUAAUAUACAAAGGUCUUAUGAAAGGCUAUAUCGCUCGUGAAUGGGGCAUGGUUGUCCUCAGUAAGGGUGGUGCUUUUCCAGGAACAGGAGUAUAAACCUGUUUAGCUUUGCCUGAUGCUCUUUGCUCUGGGCCUGGAGCCCUGAUGAUGCCGUUGAUUGUGUGGGCAUGGGGAAUCUGGGCAGUUAACCUGUUACAGUUACACCCAUGCAACGGCUUUUACCCGCUUAGCCAAAUUCUCUAGCAUACACACACCCUACUAUCAACCCUAUGCAGUAACAGUCACUCUUCAUUUAAAAGAUAGAGCUCUGCCGUUGAACAAGAAAUCUGUACUACGCAGCAAGCUAAUUGUUACAAAAAGCAGUUUAUAAAGGCCCUAGGUGGACUCUGGAUAUGACAAAGAGUUACCUUGCCAAGUGGAAUAUGCCUCGAAGUUGACUAUGGGGUAGACGGGACGGGAUACACUAGAAAAGAAAGGAAAUAGGAAUUAGCAAUUAGAAUUUAUUGUAACUCGCUCCAGAAGACAUUUGAUAGUAGAUUAUGAAUGAAAAUAUCCC